ACAUUGUUUUUAAUUCUGUAAUUUUAUUACACGUGUUUUUAUAUACAGUUGGUGGGGACACCAACUUCGGAAGUACAACCUGGCAUAUAGAGUCGUACUCUGCCAUUUCAAUUAAAGUCCAAAAAAAAAAAAAAAAAAAAAUAAAAAUAAUCAUGGGUGACUUCGUGGGUAAAACAAAAAACUCAAAUACUUUUCAAUUCAAAAGCUUUGCUGAACGUGUCAAUGAGAUUGACUUGAGGCGUUUGGCUCUGUACCACAUUGGCCAUGAAAAUGAGGAGUUGUGCGAAGACAAUGAAACAUUUUUUCAUCAGACAUUAAAAAAGUGGAUGGUUUUAAAUUUAUCAACGGAGUUUUCGCUGUUUUCGCGCAGAGUUUUAAAAAUCGUGACAUUGCCUCAAUUGCUGCAUCAGAAGGAUUUUGUGAUUGAUCUACUUUUGGACAAGUUGUCAUGUGCCACAAACUUGUCGUUACAACCGUUGUUGGAGCUUCUUUACGUAUUGGCUCGAGAUUUGCGAGAAGAAUUCUAUCCAUACUUUCAAAGAGUUUUGGACAGGUUGAUAUGCCUGCUCAAUACUCAAGAUGCAGAACAACUGGAAUGGACACUGGUAUGCCUUGCGUAUUUGUUCAAGACAUUAAAGCCGCACUUGAAGCGCAAUAUUGGCGUGGUGUUUCAUAGCAUUUUACCUUUGUUGGACGAGAGCCGGUAUGAAGAACAUGUCACAAACUUCGCAGUGGAAUGUUUUUCUUUCAUUGCCCGCGAUGUAAGGGACUAUGGAAAAUUUCUACAAUUUAUCUUGGCCACAGUGGCUCACGAACAAGUUGAUAGUAUACAAGGCUGCGGUCGGCUGCUGUUCGAAAUGAUGCGUGGUGUAAAGGGACAAUUCCACUCAAGUGCAGGCGAUUUUCUGCAAUUCAUAUUCGAAGCUUUAGUGGAAGACAAAAAUGUUAAAGCACAACAAUUGGAACUAUUAUAUGACAUUGUAAAACAUGCCAUGGCUCAGCUGCUGAAAUUUAUUGUCCCAGCACAAAUGUCAUUGUUUUGGACAAAACUGUGCAUGGUCAUGGAAAGUACUAAAAACGUAGCCAAAUUGGAAUUUCUUAUGAGAAUAACUCUACAAGUCGUUGAAUAUAAAGAAUGCCGGUUCCUCUCCGACAUGGAUGUACUCGUAAAGACAAUACUGGGUGUGAUUGACAAAGCCUCCCAAGAUCACAGAGCUAACGAAGCGCUGAGACUUACAACAAUGGCCAUUAGCACAAUAUUGUUGUCGGGUUCUUCAUUGGUCACCCAGUUGGAUACAAGCCGAUUGCUGAAAAAAGCAUUGAGUAUAAAAACUCGUGAAAUUUAUAAUAACUUCGUUCAGGCAAUGGCUUUACAUGUUCAGUUUGAAAUAUUUAUUUUACCUUCACUUGUGCAGUAUUUUGAGAGUAACUUUGACUUACAGUCCAUGGAGUUAAUGGCCGAAGUGGUGGUGAAAAAGUGUCCACUUAAUUUCAACGCAAUGGCCAUGCAUCAGUGGAAGUCAAUGGAAAUCAAGGUAAACUCUUUGGAGACACUGAGUAGAAUCGAAGAUAUUUUGAAGACGAUUAACCCAAACAAAGGCACACUCGAACAACAGCUGUUGCUGUUAAUCGUGGUACCGCACUUGAAAGGAUUCAAGACCGAGAUUCUAAAGCAACCCUUGGAGCAUAUAAUGAAAUAUGCAAUAGAUGGAAUAGAGAAUGAGCCAAUAAAAAUGCUUAAUAUUUUAACGCUUCUCAUAGAAAUUCAGUGCCAAUUGAAUAUGUCCCUUGCGAAAGAAGAUUCGAACCUGUUAAAAAACAUCUUAUUAAAAAAGUUGCAAUACAGAAACGUAUUGGGAUGUUUGAAUUUGCUUAUACAUAAGAACCAAAAGGCAUAUAAAGCAGACGCAAAUGUCAAAGCAUCCUUAGCUAACAUAUUGCAACACCAUGAUCAUGAUAUGCGUCUUUUGGCUGCACACUCAUUGAGCAAUCUUCACAGAGGGCAGGAAACAGUAACCCCAUACAAUACAAUUUACUUAGCCGCAUCGAUAGAGCCCACAGUCCACAAUUACAGAGAGCAGCUCUUGUUAUUGCAAAAACUAGAGACACAAGCCGAAUUAUUUAAAUCCUUUGAAAGUGAUGCAUGUAAGCAAGACUGUAUUCGAUUUCUACUCGGCCUAUUGCAUCAAAAAUUCAAAAUUAUUUGGGAGCCUGUGCUCAAGCUUUUAGAAGAUUACGUUAAACAUGUGGAACCAGCUGUUUUCUGGUCCAUUUAUCAAGCAGAGUUAAACAAAACAUUGGAACAAAUCGAUUAUACCAGAGAGGCGGGUACGCAGACAGAAAUGACCAAUGAAUUGUGGAAGUCAAAGACCUUGAAUGUCAUACUACCACCGCCCAUGGAAUUGGUGCAGACCCAACAGCAAUUGUUAAACUACAGGGUUCUGCUUUGGCAACGCUUACCCCAAUUUGGGAAAUUGUUUGAAAUGAAAAACCGUGACUUAGUGGGACUCUUUUUGAAAUUCAUUGACGAAGAGUAUCGAAAACACUUGGAGAAAAGAGAAAACUGUUGGGAUCUAACCGCAAUGACCAAACAAAAAUCUCUACUCGAGCAUGGUGCAGACGACGACGCCGAACUUGAAGUUGAAGAAGAAUCGAAACCAAAAUAUACGAGAAAGUCUAAAUCACUAUCCACCGAAAAUUAUCACACAAAAUUCAUAUUGCAGACCUUGCAAUGCAAACUAUCUGUUUUCGCCGCACAACAGAAUCCCCGAGCAAUGUUUAAAGAACCCGAAUUGUGGCAAUUCUACAAUGAACUCUUAAAAGGUUCCAACAAUCAGUUGCAAAAGUUGGCAUUGGACUGUAUAAUGACCUACAAAUCCAAAUCUCUGUUGCCUUACAAGGACAUGUUGUACAAUGUAUUGGAUGAGAAGAAAUUCAAAGAUGAACUGCUAAACUUCAAGGUGGACUCAGUGUCCGACGAACAUCGUGAACAGUUAAUGCACAUACUUUUAAGAUUACUUUAUGGCAAGAUGAUUACGAAAGGUGCCCAAAAAGGUCUCAGUCCUCAGCAAAGGAAGUCAAUCAUUCUAAGAUUUUUGGGUCAAUGCAGUGUCCCAGAAAUAGAAUGGUUCCUUGAAAUGGCCUUUGGAUUAUACAGAGAGUACUCGCAGGAAGCAACACACAUUACAAGAAUACCAGAUAUGGUUAAGGAACAUUUUAAUCUAGCCUGCAUAUGGUCGCCCAAAAAACUCCAAAACGUUGUAAAUUUAUUGGAGCUGAUACGCAAGGAGUUUGGAGGAAUAAUGCAGGAAAAAUUCCACUUGUUUAUGUUGAAGCUUCUGGUUUUCAUUGGCGCCGUAUGUAAUGAAGUGUCGCAACAGGAUCCAUCACUAUUGCAUCCCAAAAUGCCAACCGUAUUCCGAAACCUAAAGCAGAAUGCCUUGCAAAGUUUACUUAACUUUUUCCAGCACAUUGAAGAGUUCCAAUGGAAUGACGAGUUGAUGGCAUGCAUAACUCAAGUCUUUGUAUGCCCCUCAAUAGAGAAAUUGCCUCAAGAGAGUAUACACACGCCCACUGUAUUGCUGAAGUUGAUCCUAGCCUGGGGCGAGAAACCCAAACACUUUCAAUAUUUUAGCCAGCUUGUGAACGGCAAGCCUAUAUUCCAUUAUAUAAUUCUGUUGUUAUUAAACGACAAGUCCAAAGUUGUAGUUAAAAAAUCGAUUAUGGCUCUCGUCGAAAAGUUGCUGGUCGCAUCGGACAGCGAGUCUGAUUAUUCACACCAGGCAUUGGGAUUGGUAAAGCCAUUUAUCCCGGAAUUGUUGCAACGCCUUAAAAUGAGCUUUUCAUCACGAGGUUCCAGACAGUCGUUGGAUAAACGUGACUUGAACAUAUUGUCGAUGCUUACAAAACACGUUGACGAACCCGAAACUUGCGAUAGUUUGCUGCAGUUGCUCUUACCAAUACUAAUUGCCAAGACUCAAACCCAGUCAAGUAAUGAAGUCGUGUCGCAAGUAAUAACAACUCUCUCCAAUCUCAUUAAGCGCCUGCAGAAACCCGAACUGUAUAUAAGGAAAAUUGCACCGCUAUUUGAGCAGGUUUCGGAGGUUGCGGCUCGCAAACAAUUGUGUGAUUUAGUGGCAGACAUUGCCAAGAUUCACCACAAGCAGAGUCCAAAUUCCCCUCUAACCAAGGAGCUAAAAUUCACGGCUCGAAUUAUGAUGUUAUUGAAUGCAUGGGAUAAGCGUUGGAUAGAGCAGCCGGACUAUGAGAAACGUUUGGAUGCCAUUAAGGAACUAAAGGAGCGAAUAGAAACACCUUUGGGCUUGGAUUUGGACUUGGGCAUUUUAGUUAUCUUUAAUUGUUUCUACUUUCUGCGUCACGAUAAAGACAUAGGAUUGCGUGACAAUGCCAGCGAACAUUUGCGGCUGCUUCUGCCCCAUUUGACCAAAAAGUAUGCCUCGGAUAAGCAGCAAGUCGACUAUCUGGUUGGUGACAUAUUCAUAAAUUUGAUAAGGCGCAUUAUUAAGGACUCAAAUGAAAAUGUACGCAACGAGGGCAUACGUCUGCUAGGUGAAAUGGUCAGGCAGUGCCCUGAUUCUCAUGAAAUUCUCAAAGACUUGCAGCCUUUAGGAGACAGCCUCGAUCCCGAGGUAGAUUUCUUUGAGAAUGUGAUUCACCUACAGUCACACCGGCAUGGUAGGGCUCUACUUAAAUUUAAUUCCUUGGCAGCCACUCUUAGUAAGCCUCCCAAUCCCAGAACCCUUACUCAAUUUGUGUUGCCCUUAGCCUCCCGAUAUCUUUUGCAAGAACAGCAUGCCAGCAAACAUACGCUUGUCGAUGCGGCAAUAGAAACUGUGGGUGUGGUAUGCCAAAUCUUGCCUUGGCAGUAUUAUUACACCAUUCUGCGUUACUAUCUGACGAAGAUGCGCACUUUGCACGAUUAUCAAAAACAAUGUGUCAGAAUUGUGGUGCGAAUUUUGGAUGCUUUCCACUUUGAUUUAUCUAAGGGACAAACAGACGCAGAUACUUUAGAGAAAUUAAAAAGAACUAUCAUGAAGACUACAGAAUUGGAGCCAUCGGUAUCAGGAGAACAAAACAUCCCUUCAACAGAGGAAAAAAUCGUUGAAAAUGACGAUGAAGAAGCCGAAGUUACGCCAACUGAAGAGGAAGUCCUCGAAAACGACUUGGAAAAUGAGGUUGAAGAAAAAGUUGGAGGACCUAAUUCAGAUGCAAACAACGGUUACUGCAUAAAACAACCGGUGCUCUUGACGCCCAAUGCUUCUAAAAAAGUUUUGACCACCAUCACCACAAUAUUAAUACCGACCCUUAAUCGCUCCAUUACUGAACAAUCCUCCUAUGACAAUAAACACAAGGUAAAUCGCAAAAGAUUAAGUAUCGAGCGUGAAGAAGAGGAAAUUCUUAGGGUCCCCAUUGCUUUGGCUCUGGUUAAACUUAUGCAAAAAUUGCCAAAAGAUUUAAUGGACACAAGUUUGCCAGGUGUAUUUAUGAAAGUCUGCACGUUCUUAAGGUCCCCCCUGAAGUCGGUGAGAAUGCUAACCCGAGAUAUUCUCAAGAAGAUUAUGCUCUGCCUUGGAUCCACCUACCUCUCCAUGUUGGUAAAUCAUUUGCAAAAUCUGUUGACCAGAGGCUUUCAGGUGCAUGUAUUAUCCGUAACAUUACAUGGUAUACUCGAUGCCUUGCGUGACAUUAUACAUGCUGGUGAUAUUGAAUCAUGUCUUCAUAACUUACUCGAAGUGGCCUUGAAUGAUAUAUUCGGUGACAUAAGUGCCGAAAAGGAAAUAGACAAACUGACUUCACACACGCCAGAGGCCAAACCCAGUGCCAAGAGCUAUCUGGUGCUCCAUAUAAUAGCCCGAAAUAUCCAGGAAACAUGUCUGCUAGAUUUGUUAAUGCCUUUCAAAGAUCAUCUGGCCAGAUCCAAAUCGCGAAAGCUUACGCUAAAAAUACAAGAAUGCUUUGCAAAAAUCGUCAAUGGCCUAGUGGAAAAUCCAAAUAUUUCACGAGAGAGUUUAUUAAUUUUCAUAUAUGGCACCAUGUCGGAAAGCAUAACAGACCUUUUACCAGGCGUUCAAAGGCGUGUUUUGACAGAAAACGAAAAGGAGACAAUGAGGCGGGCAAGGCCGGACUGUUUCAUAAUACAGCCGCCGCCUAAGAACCGCUCCGGAGCAGUCAAUAAGAAAAUUCAAUCAAAUGCCCAAGCUAACGCACACAUUUUGAUUGAGUUUGGCCUGGAGAUGUUGCACAUUGUUCUUAAACGCAAGAAAUUACAAAACGUAGACUAUCCACCAUUCCUCAAUCCCCUGUUGCCAUUGCUCAAGGACGCAUUGAGGAGUACCCAUGUCAGAGUAACAACCUUUGCCCUUAAGUGUUUCUCCACUUUGUGGAUAGAGGCGUAUGAUUUGAAAGCCAUGGAGGAAGCCGAAUACAUAACCGCUGUCGUAGAGCGAAUGUUUGAGAUUUUGAAGAAUUUUUCUACUUUUGGUGCUAUCAAACAGGAAGAUAAUUUCCAGUUAAUAAAGGCAACAUUCAAAGCGAUCGUGGCCUUACUAAGGAAAUGUAACUAUUACAAUCUCACUGAAGAGCAAGUGGAUGAAUUGGUUUUAUAUAUAGAACAGGACUUGCAUGAAGGAGGUGAAAAUCAGGCUAUUACCUUCAACCUACUAAAAGCAAUGCUCACCCGCAAAGUUGAGUCCAAAGCCAUUCACGACAUUAUGAAUAAAAUCAGUGAUAUGUCGGUAGUCUCCACAUCCGACUACGUUCGUGAUGAGGCCAGAAACUUAUUAACAAUUUAUGUUAUGGAAUAUCCUCUUAAUAAAAGAGUCGAUCACAUUGUGAAAUUUUUCUCUGCUCAGCUUUGCUAUUCUCUCUCCGCUGGUCGCUUAUCAGCUAUAGAGUUCAUUUGCAUCAUGAUCAAAAAAUUCCCCUUGGCUAUUCUAUCCAAAAAGGCUGAAUUUCUGUAUAUAUCUCUUGGCACAAGGUUGGUGAACGACGAAGAACCUGAGUGUCGCAAGGCAGUGGCCAACUGCAUUGAAUUACUCAUCAACAGAUUGGAGAAGUCAACACGCCAGCAGUUAUUUGAUAUGACUUUAUUAUUUUUCAACUCCAACAAUAAACCCUCAGUUCGGGAGAUGGGAGCGGCAUUGUGUUCCAGAUUUCUGAAUUCGGAAAAACAAGCAUUUGCACCACGUUUAAAAGUUUUGAUGGGUACUUUGGUGGGUAGAUUGGCACAAGAUAAUCAUGCCUCACAAGUUGGGCGAUUUGUCAGAGCCCCCAACGCAGACGCAAUUGUGGAAGCGGACGAUAAUGGAGUUCCAAAAAAGAAGAAAUUUAAGUCUAAGAAAUCUGCGGAACAUUUGGAAAGUAAAGUUCUAGAGAAAGAUGUAAACAUCGUACUAGCGGACGAACAAGUGCUUGAAAAGGAUUUGGAAAGGAAACAACGUAGUUUAGAUCACGAAAUAAUCCAAGUACAAUAUUGUAUAUUAAAAAUAUUUGAAUAUUGUUCGUCUGAGCUAUUCAAAAAUUCGGAACUUGCAAAUUCAGUCGACGAAUUGGCCUACCAGUCGCAACGACUUUUGGCCCACGAGCACAAUUGGGUACGAUGUAACUCUGCCAAAAUAAUUACCCAUAUAUUGAGUAGCUAUGACUUUGUUUACAUCGGUCGCAAGCUGUCACAUAUCGAAAUAGACGAAACCACUGCAAGUUCAAUUAAAUUGGAUUUUAUUUACCUCAAUCCAGAAUAUGAUAUUAAAUCUCUGGUACUGGACUUGUGUGCUCAAAUGAUACCUGGCGAGACGUCACAGCCAAUGAUCGAUGAAAUUGUGAAAAUAUUUCUAUAUGUAGCAACCAUGCUAAAAGACGUGCCUUUUGCUGUGGAAACGAAAAGCAAGGUUGACGACGAGAGCCCGGCACUAGAAACGGAUUCGUUUACCAACAUUAAUUUAAGCUGGCUUAUGAAAAAUAUCAGGUUCCUUAUAAAUAAAGAAGUCGUAAAAGCCUCGCAUAGUACUGCGGUGAGAACUGCAUUGUUCAAUCUGUUGGAAAGCUUUAUUACGCUUCUUUAUGUGGAUCAACUCCAAAGAUUAGCUCCAAAAAUAAUUUCAGCUCUUGUACGAGAAAUGUCUGAAGACGAUCAAAAUCUUGAUACGGAUCUACACCAUCUGGCUUUGCGUGUUGGAAGUCGUCUGAGAAAACGUAUUGGAACAGAUUUAUAUGAUAAACUGCGAGCCAGUGCUCAAAUGAAUCUAAUGGUUCGCCGGGCCGAUCGCAAAAAACUUAUACUCCAAGAAAAAAUUCAUGAUCCUGUGCGAGCUGCCAAACGUAAAGUUGCAAUGAAGGAGCGUAAAAAGAGUGCCAAGAAGCUAAAAGCAAGUGUUAUGCGGGGCAAAGCAGAGGAUGUUAAGCAGAAAUUGAAAAAACGCAAACGAAAAGCUGAAGAUAGUUUGUUUUAAAAUGUAUUUCCGUUGUUAUUUAAGUACUACCUUAGAAUAUUUUUGCAUACCAUUUUAUCGCAACUUAGAACUUAUGUAUAUGUACAUAUGUAACAUGUUUCCACAAUUGAAAUAUACAGAUUUA